GUCACUCUUCUUGGAAUCUGGAGGGCUCGCUCGGCUUCUGUGGCCGCGGCGCGCCAAGCGGGGCAGGUCCCUUCGCCGCGCCUCGGAAACCCGGCGGCGAGCUGAGGGGAGGCGAGGCCUCCCUCCCUCCCCUCUCGGCGCUCUUCUCGCCCCCAGCAUGGAGCUUUUCCAAGCCAAGGACCACUACAUCCUGCAGCAAGGGGAGCGGGCGCUGUGGUGCAGCCGCGCCGACGGCAGCCUCCAGCUGCGUCCCGGUGAGUCGCGGGGACGGGCAGGCUGGGCAAGGAAAGGGGCGCGCCGCCGCCGCCGCCCGAGGGGCUUCAGUCUUCGGAGUACUGUAGCAAUUCUCCUCAGGGGAGGAGAAGACUUAAGGUCGGCCGGGCGGAGGGAGCUUUGAGUCCGGGUAGCCCAAGGGCGGCGGGAGGGCGGCGCACCUGCUGCGAGGCGGGCGGGCGGGGGCAGAUGCUGGGCGCGCGCUCAGGUGAGCGGGAGGCGCCAGGUGGAGGGACAGAGGGAGGCAGGCGGCCGAAGGUGAGGGGUCCUCCUGCCGGAGGCGGGUGUGUGUAUGUGUGACAGGCCGGGAGGAAAGAGGGAAUUGUGGACAGCGGAGCAGGGAAAAGAGGCGACUCUUGACAUCGGAUCCACUCGCUUGGUGACCACUUUCACCUUUGGGAGGUUGUGGCUUUCAUUAUUUGCACCACCUCCUGCCUGACUCGAAGCGGCUUGCAAAUAAGAACACGCACAAUCCCUCCCCUCCCCCCACAAUAUGCUCUCAAACGAACGAUAUCUAUAAUAGUUCUUCCUUUCCUCACCUUCCUUUCCUCACUCUGAGUCGGUGACUCAGAGCAAACAGUGAACUCUUCGUGGCCUGAAUUGUGUAGGUUUGAAUUUCUUUUCCUGGAAGACCAAAAGCACUCUUAAGUACACGGAGUGUUUUACAAUGUAAGUUAGUAGGGAAUCUGUGCCCAGCCAUAGGUCUGACCCACGGAAAGCAACACACACCCUCCCCGCCCCCCCAAGAUGGUAGAGUUUCACCAGUUUUGCAUGCCCUUGCACUGCAUGGAGUUCUUCUGUCGCCCUCAGGAUGUAUCCUGUGGCUUGCUGUGCCUGGCUGUCUGUGGAUUAAAGCCAUAUGGAGAUUUCUCUGUGGCUUGUGUAGCCCAGACCAGUGUAUUACCUGCCUUUUUAAAUGUCUGGGUGGGUCAGACAGUGACUGAUGCCUCAUUGUAAGAGGGGCUGAUGCCCACCACAUUAAAAGUGGUGGUGGUGCAAAUGCUCCUUAAGGCCCUCUCUGGAUCCAAAGGCACUGGACAACUGAUGCAAAUAUUUCAUUUUUUUUUAGGCAAGGUGAUCAAAGUGGGUGGUGUUCAAUUGCACUUGUUAUUGGAUGAAACCUAUUUUCUAGACCCAGCCCAAUCUGGCUUCUGACCUGAGUAUGACAUUGAGUUUGCCUUGCGGAGUAUGCAUUAUUGGAAGAGAGAAGAUGGGGGGUAUGCUACCCUCUUUAUUCUCACCGAACCCUCCAUAGCUUUUGAUAUCACAGACCAUGAUAUUGACCAUGAAUUGGGUGUUUUGGGCACUAUACUACAGUGGUUCCAUUCUUACUCUGUCAAAGAAAACAGCAUUGGGAGACUUUUUCUUGUCCCAAUGGUAUUUUUGCUGUGGGGUGCCACAUGUUUUUGUUUUGUCCCUGUUGCCGUUUAACUACUGGGAGGUGUCAUCUGAAUAUUGGGAUACUGAUACCCAGUAUUGUCUCCAUUCCUUUUAAAUGACAGGGGCUGUGCAUAUGCUCAACCAAUGUCUCAAGGCUAUGAUGGGCAGGAUGAGAUCCAGUAAACUGAAGCUGAAUCAGAGCAAAAUGAAGGUGCUGUGGGUUCAUGGUUCUUAGGCUCAAGAAUAUGGUCUGUUUUGGAUAGGGCAGCACUCCCCUUGAAAGCGCAGGUUCAUAGUCUGGGUGUGCUUCUGGAUUCCAGGCUGUCACUGGAUAUGAAAGUGAUGGUGCCUAUUCCCACUUCUGGCUGAUUUGCCAGCUGUGGAUGUUCCUGAACCAGGAAGGCUUGUCCUUCGUUUUCAUCACUCUAAUAACCUCCUGUAUAGACUACUGCAAUGCCCUUUAUGUGAGACUUCCCUUGAAAAUGUUGCAGCUCAGUUGUUGUUGGGUGCGGCCCGACAGGAUCAUAUGGCUCCAAUCCUGAAGGCAUUGUGCUGGCUGCCAGUAUGUUACCAAGCCCAAUUCAAGGUCUAAACAACCUGGGGCCUACAUUCUUGUCAGAAUAUGUUUCCUGAUGCCUGCCACCCUGAGCUUUAAGAUUUGCUGGAGAGUCCCUGCUUAUAGUCCUGCCAGCCAGUGGGGCAAGCAAGACAGUGACAUGAGACAGGGAAUUCUCAGAGGCAUCACUCCAUUUAUGGAACUCUCCCCAAAUUAAGAUACAACAGGCACACACAUAUAGAGAAAGGCAAAAAUGCAUUUGUUUGUGAAGGCAUUUGGAACCUUUCUGUUUGGUUCUGUAUUUUAUAUUUUGUUAUAUUUUGUUGUAAGCUGCCUGCCCUAUGCUCCAGUCUGGAGGAAGGGUGGAGUAUGAAAACUUUGAAAUAAAUAAACAAGAGGCACAUUGUAAACUUUUGAAAGGGCAGGCUGUUUAGAUGGUUCAGUGAAGAGCCACGCUGACUGAGCUAAAAUUUUGCUUAGCCAAAUUGAGAAGGAGUGUGUGGGCUGAGGGUUUGCUGGAGUUAGCUAGGAUAGAGAUUUUUUAAAAGCAAGUUGAUGGGAGUGCAGCACCUUCUGGAGAGGAUAAUAUACCUGGGAUUUGUGAAAGUACUGUAUACUAAUCCAGUUUUUGACAAUUGGUGGUGGAUAAGCUUGCUGAAGAAGGAAGUGUGUAGGAAGAUGGUGAUCUCAUCUGGUGAUGCACACAAGGUGGAGGAUGGCUGGGGAAGCAGAACAAAUGAAUUAUAGAAUUAUAGAGUUGGAAGGGACCGUGAGGGUCAUCUAGUCCAACCCACUGCAAUUCACCCUGUCAAGAGUAAGUAGGAGCAUGUCAGAUUUAGUAUGAAAGUGCCCCCUCCCGCUUAUUUAGAGCUCUUGGAACGUGCAAGCCUUAAAAAGUUAGAUGUCUGGUAAUGGAUUUUUUUCCCCCUCCCUCUGUACUACACUUCAGAUAGUUGAAACUCAAGUUGUCUCAUGUUUUAAAGUGGAAUCAAUUACAGUUCACUGACACCACCUUCCAAAUGCAAUAUGGUGCUUGGUAUGUUGUAAUUUCUCCUUUGUUUAGCACACUGUAGGAAAUUAACAUUUGCUUUUGAAUGCUUUAGGAAGAUUCAAAGUAGCUGCGUUGUGUGUGUUUGUAAUACAACCUUCCCCAAACUGGUGCCCACCAGAAGUUUUGGGCUAAAACUCCACAAUAUGUCUGUUCUACCUGGGGCUAAUGGAAGUUGUAAGCCAAAAUAUCGUGGUGGCACAACUUUGGGUAAGGCUGCUAUAGGAAGACUUUACAGCUGAUUUGCCAGGAAUUUUUGACAUUAGAGGGUGUAACUAUAGCUUAUAUGGAAAUGACUAUGCACUUGUUUUUGUACUGCUCAUGUGUAAAGAGAUUUCUUGCUUCACUUGCAGUCUUUUCACAUGUUUUGUUAACGCUCAUUUGAUUUGCUCAGUUUGUGCCCUAAUGAACCUAUUGAAUGAUACCAAAGUAUUGUCAUAGCGUUUUGUUUGCUCGGUGCAUUUUUUAGAGCAAGGGUGGCAGAACCUUUUUUAGCCCAAGAGCAGCAUACAUUUGUGGAAACCGGGGUGGGAUGGGGUGGGGGUGAGGGGCUGCAUUCCAUUGGUGGUUGAGGCAAAAAUCAAAAGUGAGUGAGACAAAAAGCAAAAUUGGGUUCUAUCUUUGUUAUAAAACACACACACACACACAGCAUCUUAAAUCCAACCAGACAAAAAACAUGUUAAUUUAUUUCCCCCCCUCCUUGAACCCUCCCCCCGACAAAGUUCUUACUAAUGUCCUUCUUUUUUCUAAAAGAUGUGGAAUGAUCAGGGUGAGCACUUGUCAAGAUUCCUCCAGAUAUUGCUACACUGACUGGCAAUGUCUGUCCAGAGUUUCAGAUACGUCUUUUCCGGCCCUAUUUGGAGACACUAGGGAUUGAACCUGGGACCUUCACACAAACCUUUGCUCCACUACUGAGCUAUUAUCUUUUCACUUACAUGCCUAAGGGGCUUUUCCUGACAUUGCACUGACCUUUAUGGGAACCUCUAGAAUAGCAAUACUUUUUCAAGAUCCUACACUUUUUGGGUAAACUAGAAUUUGCUGUCACCAGGAUACCCCCUCCACUCGUUCCUGACUUUGUACUGUAAAAGUUGGGGAGAUAAAGUCUUUUAGUUUAGGUUUUUGAGGCCCCGGGUGUGGUUUGCUUGAGGAUGAUCCCUGCCUACCCAUCCCUUCUGCAGCUCCAAGAUUGAGAGGAAGUAUGGGGCUUUUCAUGCUCAAAAGAGGAUAGCUUCACACUUGCCAUGAUGAGCAAACAUGUAGAACCCUGUUCUACUUAACAGUUUUCUGAAGCGCAACACAAAUGUUAAGUCACCAUUCCAUUCUGCAACUGAGAUCUGGGAAAGAGAGCGAUAGCCAACCUACUGCAGUCACUUUGAGACUUGAGCUCUGCAUAGCAUCAGAUGAGACCUUGUCCUCACCAUUGGGAUGGUACCUGGAAGGGUUCUUUUCAGAAGCAAUAUUUGCUGGCUAGCCAGAUUUGUGGAACUCUUGAAUGAGAACAAAGGAAUAAUUUUUCCUGUAUGCUUUUAUGUUGCCUAUCAAAGUACAUGAUGUUUUGAAAAAGAAAUAGUGGAGAUGAUGAAGGAUACAUUCAUUAUCUUUCUUUGUCUCCCUUUUGCAAAGAACUAGUCUUGUGAGAUGGCAAUUAGAGUAUCUUUCCCAUUUAUUAUAUAGAAAGUAACAUGCUGGCCAUGGGAAAUUAGCAACCAACAGUUCUCAUUGAUUUGCAGUUUCAUGAAGUUAUGUAUUCUGGUGCUACAAAGACUACUAAUCAAAUACAGGUGAAAUUACGCAGUCUUAUAUGAGCUACUCCCAUACAAUCAUGUAAUUAUUGAGUAUUAAGCUAUAUAUAUAGUCAGCAUUUGAUUACAACUUAGCAUUGAUCACACUGAGAUUGACCCUGGAAUGAAAAGUAAACCACCGAGUAUUCUGUACUAAUCACAUAACACAAGGAGAAUACUAUACCUAGUAUGAAGAAUACAGUUAAGACUAUUAAGGUAAUGGAUAUGUUAGUGUCUCAGUUGUUUGCUGUAUCUUUGAUGCCAGAUGUGUGUGCUGCAUCCAUCCAUAAGCAAAAUGGCAGCUGUAAGAGUUUGUGUGAAUCUUUUAAUCAUAAAUAUAGUCUUCUUUUCUUAUAUAAUCUACAAGAUGAUGCAUGUGCAAGUAUAGACGUAUAAUAAUGCAUGUACGAUAUAGGCUUUUAUGUUCCUGUGAGUUCCACCACUUUUACAUUGUUUUCACUGCCAUUGUUACCUGUAGCAUUUCUAAGUUGAGGUGCUCUAAGCAUUUUGUCAAUGACUAAGUUGCUCUGCCAUAAUUUGAAAGAAAAAUAUUGUCUGCACCUGUUUCAGUCUGUGUUCAGGUUUUGUUUUGGGACGGAACCUGUCUUGGCCACUUUUAUGGAUGACCUCGAGGGAGUGCAGUUCUGCUACUUUUAUUGGAUCUCUCAGAAGAUUCUGAUACCAUUGACCAAAGCAUCCUUUUGGUCUAAGUAUGUGGGAUGUGAGUGAGAGGCACUCUGAAGGAGCCAGUGUUCAGUUUGGGGGUGUUCCUGGGUCAUCUUUGUUUCUGGAAGCCCAAGUGGCAACAGUGACUGGAAUUCCUUUUGUCAGUUUUGGCUGGUAUGCUGGCUGCGACUGUUCCUGCACAGGCAUAGCCUUUCCACAGUGACUCGUGCAUGGUAACUUUUUGAUCUAACUACUGUAAUGCCUAGGGACGCUGGUGGCACUGUGGUCUAAGCCACAGAGCCUAGGGCUUGCCGAUCAGAAGGUCGGUGGUUCGAAUCCCCGUGACGGGGUGAGCUCCCGAUGCUUGGUCCCUGCUCCUGCCAACCUAGCAGUUCGAAAGCACGUCAUAGUGCAAGUAGAUAAAUAGAUACCACAGAGGAAGGUAAACGGCGUUUCUGUGUGCGGCUCUGGUUUGCCAGAAGCAGCUUAGUCAUGCUGGCCACAUGACCCGGAAGCUGUAUGCCAGCUUCCUCGGCCAGUAAAGUGAGAUGAGCGCCGCAACCCCAGAGUUGUUUGUGACUGGACCUAAAGGUCAGGGGUCCUUUUACCUUUUUGGUGUAAUGCCUUCUAUGUGAGGUGGUCCUUGAGGCUGGUUUGGAGGCUGUGGCUGGUGCAACAUGCGCUGGCUGGGGUUCCAACUGUGCACACAUUAUACUAGUUCUUAAAUAAUUGCACCAGCUGCCAAUAAGCUACUGAGCAAGGUUCAUGGAGCUGUAGCACAGUGUUAGAGCAUCUGCUUUACAUGCAGAAGUCCCUGGUAUCUUCUGGCAAGGCCAGAAAUGAUUCCCAUCUGAAACCCUGUAAAGCCACUGCCAGUCAGUGUAGACAGUACUGAGCUAGAUGGACCAACGAAUCUCAGGCACUAUAAAGCAGCUUUCUGGUGCCACAACUAGUAGAGGUUCAACUGAUGGGGAAGCAUUUUCUGUAACAGCAGCCUUUCAUGGAAUAGCCUGCCUUUUGACCUUAGGCAGGAGCUAUUUUUAAUGUUAUUUCAGUGCCUUCUUAAAAACAUAUUUAUUUAACCAGGCUUUUGCUUCUGUUUAAUUCCCAUUUGGUUCUUUUCAUUCUGCCUGACUUGCAGCUGGAUUUGGUUAUCAUACUGUUGUAUUGUGUUUUUAAAUGUGUACACCACUCAUCACCUCAAGACCUUGGUUAGAGGAGGUAUACAAAUGUAAUAAAUAGCAGAUCAUGUGGCAGAAUUCCUCCUAAACUGUACCAAUUCAUAUUGCAGGCUGUGAUCACAUUCUUAAAUCACUGCCAUGUAGAAAUCCUCCCUGCCUUGCUGAAAACUGCACAUUGGAGAGAGAAUAGGAUUAGGAUAAAAUUUCCCUCCUUGUGUGUAGUCUAAAAUGGUACUUUGUUAAGAUAUUGCUGACUUUGUAGAAUGGAUCUCACUGUGCAGUCCCAUGUAUGCUUACUCCAAAGUAGGCCUCACUAAAUUCAUUGUGGCUUACUCUCAGGGAAGCAUAUAGGAUUGCAGCUUUAGUUUCUAUAGGGUGCAAAGUGAUGUCUUCUUCUAGAAUUGUCCACUAAUAUAUUUCCCUGAGGGUAUUGCUGGGCACAGUGUCAUUGAGUCACAUGACUUCUUGUAUGUGUCCCUGACAUCAUUUAGGCCUAGUAUUGGAUUCUCGCCCCCCUCAUUUUGUUGAUUGUGAUUUACUAUAUUCACAGUCAUUAUCCUUUGACCCUCUAACAGCAUGCCUGGUGGACUGACUUUUCAGUGGAUGUGAUGAGAAGGACAAUAGUUACUGCUGUAUAAGGCUCUGAUUUACAAAGAUGAUUCAUUUAACUUAAUAUACCUGUUCAGAUGGGGAUAUCUAUCAAUGGACUAAUAUUGUAUUGUCUUCUGCAUGCCUCCAAAAGCCUAAAUUUGUAAAAGUAUUGCUAGCCCUCUUUUUGUGUUGUGUUAAAUGAUGAUACAGUGUUUGGCAAAACUGUAAGGAAAGAAUAUAUGAUGACUGUGCUUAGUAACAUGCAAGGCUACUGUUAUACGUAAUUGUCAGAAACCCUAUUUAUGCUUAAGUGAGAGUCCAAAUGGCUUAUUGCAUAUAGGUGCCUGAUAUUAUUUUGUUUAUUGGGAGGUUCUUUUUUUAGCAAUCUGACAGGUGUACAGCUUUUGCUGUUAUGAAGCUUACAUCUUUGAUGACUGAAUCUGUUUUGAGGCAAGUACAAAUCUAUUUGUGUCAUGCUUACUCAUCAUCAAAGCUGUAUGUCAAAAGAACAACUUGCAAAAGUUGGUAGGAAGGAAUCCUGAAAAGAUAUUCUGAAUUUGAGGAAGACAAACCCAUUCUGUGAUCUAAAAAUUACCAUGUACUGGAACAUAUGACUGGCUAGUUUCCCCUCUCAACUUUAAAUUAUUACUGUUUGCACAUAAUUAUAAUCUAGACUUGCUGGUUUAUUGGGAAUGAGAAGUGAUAACUCCCACUGCACUCCUUCCCAGCACAAGCAGGGAUAAACAAACCAGGAAGCAUUGAUUUCCCAUUAUGUCUGUACCAGGGAUUAUGAUUUGUUGCUCCCUAACAAGCCAGAAUUGCUAUCCAACCUGAUGCCAUAGUUUUGUUAUUGGAUUGCUGAUUGUGACUUGCAAGGGAGGAACAAGCCACAGUCCUUGGUUUGCAUAUAGUGGGAAACCAAUGGCCCUUUUAUUUAUCAUGUUUGAGUCAAGGUAGAGGAGUGCAGUGUGAGAAAUCUGGCAGUGUACACAUCACAGACAGAGAAUCUGGCAUAUUGUUGCAUCUGAAAGUGGCCUAUGAUUGUCUCACAGUUCCUGGGGCAUGGAGUUGCACAAUAGCCCUCUUAAGAGAAAAUGACCUUGCACCCACUUUGGAUAUUGAAGAUAGAAUAUUGAAGAUGAUAACAGUGAAGGCAACCUCACUUGGUGCUUACAUGCAUCUAGGAAUGACAUUAAUUUAUAGCAUGAUAUCCUAAAACUUUGUCAACACUAUCUUCUGUUCACAGUAUUUCCCAAAAAAAUAAUAGCUUGAAAUAAUUGUUUUCAAAUACAAAUUGCUCCAAUUUAUAUAUUUUAACUUCCAAGAACAGUGUCUUGAAUUAUUUCAGAGACUUACUUUUACAGGAUGAUAAACUGUAGUAGAAAGUUAACUGCUGUGUAUUCAAAUAUGGGAAUGCCUUAAAAUGUGGAGCACAAGUUUGGGGAAGGCUGAUUUCAAAAAAAGCCUGUGGAGGGAAUGUAGAGAAUGGAUAGAUUCCCUCCCCCUACAAUAUUAUAACUUGGUCAGCCAUCAAAAUGAUUUGAUAAUCUGUUCAGGAUAAGCAACAUGACCUUAUUCAUACAACGAAUAAUUAGCUUAGGAACUUUCUGCCACAAGAUAAGGAACUUGCAGCUGGAUUAAAUGACCAUACAAAUUCAUGGAGGAUAGGACCAAGCCAUACUACAAUAAAGUAGCCACCAUCUACCAGGAUAGAAGAGUUAUGUUGUUCCCAGAUACGUUGUGGUGUUCCACACAUGUGUCAGCAGCAUGCCAAGUUGGCGCCAGAGCAUAGUUCAUCACCUGCGCCGGAGACAUCUUGUCAAGAGGUUUUGCUAGUCAAACCACUCUUAACAUGUACACUGAUCCUAAGGACAGUACUGAAAGCUAGUUCAGCGGCUUCCUCGGAAGCAUCUCCUGGAAAAGUUGUUCUUUCUUAGACUGGGGAGGGUCUUCCCCACUUAUCACCAUAGGUGCCUAAAGUUCUUAUGAUGAUUUGUGCCUUGAAAUUAUGCUGCAGGCCUCUGUGAUGCACGUCUAGGAAUGAGGGAAGGAAGGAAGGAAGGCAUUUGAACUGUGUUUAGUUGAGGCUGUGCUGAGAGUAGCCCAAAGAUCUCAGAAGAGGCGAUCAUUCAUGUUUCCUGCCUUGUUUCUGCAGCUGGCCAAUGGUAAGAGGCCUAUUUCAGUCCUUGGCAGCAGAUAAGACAUUCAAGUUAACACCUCGGCAUUCACAGGAGAGUCAAGGGAUGGAGGAGGAAGCAAAGGCAUGUUAGGUCCAACAAACCACAGUAUCUUUGUUCUUAUGCCAACUUGGUACUGGCUAGUUAAAUUGUGGCUCAGUGUUGAGUCUGAGUGCAACUAUCACGUUGAAGUGACUUGCAGCUUUGUUGUCCAGAUCAUUCUAAUAGGUGGCAAAGUGCCAAGCCCUGCUUUGUUCCAUUUCUUUGUUUAUGAGCAAACCUAGCAAUAUCAACAGAUCUAUUCAGAUUGUUUAUAAAUACAAUAGGAAUUCAGGGUAGCAAAGUGGCUGGCACCAGAAACAUUUCCCAAAUGGUGCUUAAACUGACAGUGUCUCUAGACAAAAGAGCAUCAGCUUGGUCUGCACUUUUCACUCUUUAAACAAUAGCUUUUAAUCUUAUUGUGAAAUUGUUUUUCUUGGAAUAGAACAUUUCCCUAUAUAAUAUUUCUUUGAAAUAAAGUUUAAAAAUACAUUUACUCUGAGUAGCAGUUUUACAAAAACCUUUGUCCGAACAUCAACUUUAGUUUGUGUGCUUUCAUUUUAAACCUAAACAGCACUGUUGGUUGUUCCUAAAACCUUGAUGGAGUAAUCCAUUAAGAAUAGAUAUUUUUGCAUUCUUUUCUUUCCUUGAAAUCAGAAUUAUUUGUGCCAGAAUAACUAAUUUCCAACCAGGGAGUUGCAGAAGUUUUAUCCGUUGUUCUGAUCCAUCAAACUAGAUAUGAGCAGAAAGAAAAAAGAAAGAAAGUACAGCAGCAAGAUCAUAUACUCUCAUCAGAACUGGCAUUACUGCCUCUGCAGUAUUUGUUCUUCCUAGCUGGUUAACCUACUGUUAAAAGGAUAUACUGUCUGUAGCAUGGGUGGUAGACAGCAUUCUUUUGUUGGGGGAGCUGCAUACAGGAUGUGGACAGAGAUCGAGCCAACGGUGGGCAGAGCAGAGAUAAACAUGUUCUGGAUUUAUUAAUAUGGAACAAGGACCACUCUUGUUUCAAUUUUCACCAUGACUACAUUGGAACAUUGGAUUAUAAUUCCUAAAUCCUAUGCUUUUUGGAAAAACAUCAUAUAUACAUCUAAGGGUGGCAGUCCAUCAACACAAAGACUUUGGGCUGCACAAUAGAAUUUCCCCUCCCUCUCCCCUCCCUGUGUACCCCCUAAAUUGGUUCUGGGGGUUCCUUACAACCCUCUGGAGGAGAUUUGAGGAAGGCGUACGGAGAGAGAGGGGAAGAAGUUCUGGUGUGCAUGGGUCAAAGUGCAUGUGGCCUCAUAUUCCAUACAUAGUUUAUGCCCUCACACAUAUCUGCUGUACACCUGUGUUAUGUACUGAGUUGAAUAGGAUCCAAACUGCAGCAGUCUGAUUGGUCCUAGAACAAUAGGAUCCAAACUGCAGCAGUCUGAUUGGUCCUAGAACAAUAGGGUUCAGAAUGCAGCAGUCUGAUUGGUCCUAGAACAAUGCAGCAGUAUGAUUGGUUGGCAGGAACCACCCAAUCAUGCUCCAGAUAGAAGUGAAUCCACAACCUGAUUGGCUUACAGUAGAAUCCGGAAUUAGCCAAUCAUGUGCAGCCCAUUGUGUAAAUAAUGUAUAUAAAGCAGAUACUUUCAGGGGACUUUCAUUCAUUCCUCCUCACCACUAUGAGCUGAAUAAAGAGCAUGAAAUCACUUUGCGACUCUGAGUAUAUUUCAACCUGAAUAGGUGGUCUUGGAAAAAAUGACCCUUACUGUACAAGUGCUCCUGGUGAGUAAGAAUGUUAAGCACUCCAGAGAUUGAACUGUAAAUUCCAUAGGCUAUUUUGGAGUGUGGUUGUUCUGGUCUCAGGCAUAGAAGCAAUAGGGGAGUGCAGUGUUGGUCCUUUCAAUGGCUACUUCUAAAUUCCUUAAACUACUUUCUUACAGGAGAGUGAGAGCACUCUUGCCAAGUUUUCUUCAACUUGUUGAAACCAUGAGUAGUAUGUGAAUAGAGUGGCAUUCAUACUUUAAGGGUGUGUCAUCUAUGCUCUGAUUAUGAACUCUAAAUGAGUCAUGUUUGUACAAUUAAGUUACUGCAGAGAGCUAUUUUCCAGUUAUAUAAACUGGAAUGAACUUUGUAAAAUUGUUUUUAACUCCUUGCUUAAAAUAAAAUUUGAAGAAAGCUUUUGGGCCUCUACAAGUAGGAAUUCGGGUCUUGGAAGGUCACCCACCCUGAUAUUUCUUGCUGACUACAGCAAAUGGGGCAGCUGGUGGUAGGAGGCUUUUUCUAUCUAGUAUAUCUGCCUAGUCCUCACUUGGGGUAUGAAGUAGGAGCAGUAGAACAGAAAACUGAGAUGUUGCCUACAACCACUGGCUUGGGUUGCCUUGUAAUUGGCACAGUAAACCUGACACUUAAAGAUGAAUUCUUUCUUUAUGUCCCGGGGGGCAGAUUUAAAAAUGAAUAUGGUAUCAGAAUAAUGGAGCCUUCACAUAUUCCAGUGGGAACCUGUUGAAUCCGUAGAGAGCGUCCCAUUUACAAAGUUAUUAGCUAGAAAAAUAUGUGUUGAGAUAACGUACUAUAGGAAUGAGCAACUAGAGGUCUUGCUGCCAAAUCCAUUGGAGAGGUAGGAUCAAAACAAACAAACAAAUAACCAGACUUGCUUUUAAAUUGCUUACCACAGAUUCUGAUUUGCAUUUUUGUUUGUCUAAAAUUUCUCCCACAGCUACUGACCUGCUUUUGGCUUGGAAUCCGAUUUGUCUGGGCUUGAUUGAGGGACUUAUUGGAAAAGUUCAGCUUCACACAGGUAUGAAUAGUUAAAUUCUUUAUCUUACCAGAUUGAUGGUUAAUGUUAAAAUUGCUAUGCCCUUUUGUGCUUGUAACUCCCCUGACAAGGCUUUGCUACCUAUAAUUGAUAAAACUAAAGUGGGCUUUGUCAGCGCCUCUCAGACAGAUUUGUCCGACACUUUCAUUUGUUUCAUGUCAGUGUCUGAAUUGCAACACAUAAAUAACUGGUUCUAUUUACAUAUACAGUGGUUCAUGUAUAUUUUGUUGUGUUUUCUUGACCUGAGGAAAAGGUAAUUGGGAGAGGGGGGAGGUGAAGAGUCAGCAUCUUCCUGUAAAUAGAAUUUCAUGAAGAUACGGAGGUAAGUAAAAUGUGAUGCUUUAGUUCAGCUUGAGCAUUAUUCGCAAAUAUAAAUGAAAAGUUCUUGUAGAUAUCAGUUUAAUUUUGGCUUGUAAAUAAAGGUGACUAAUGGUUUCCUACAAAUGACAGGGAUAUAAAAAUGUUCAGGGGAAGAUGCAGUUUUCUGGAGCAUUGAUUACUAACAUUUUUUUAGGCUGGCUUUCUCAUCUAGUUUCCUCAAACACCAUCUGCUUCAUGUUGAUAUAAGAAAAGCUAGACGAGCUUGAUUCUAUUAAUGGAAUAGUAUUGGAAAUCAUGCCAAAGAAACAGCUCUCACACAUUGAAUAUUUCAAAAGUGAGGUCAGCAUGCUUCUUAUUUGCUUCUGAUCUAAAGUUGUUUAGCUGACCUUUAAAUAAUAAAUACUGUUCACAAGAGGUAUUUGUGAAUUGAUCUUUUGUAAUAGAAAUGGAUUAAAAACCAAUAGUUGCCACAAAACACUAAAUUCGUGGUUAACAAGAAAAACCCACACAUCUGAUUUUCACAUAUGCUUGAAAAAACUUCCUCUAAUACUAGAUUUUAUUUUAAAAUAGAACCAUGGUCUUACAAACAUGGAACACAGAUAGCGAUGAGUGACCCCUAUGCUCUUGCUGUGUACUGUUCAGAUGUGACUUUAAUAUGGGCUCAACAAGACCCUAGAGAUUCCAUUCUGUGGACAGCCUGUGAUUUAUUACACACAAGAAAGAAGAGAUUUCACAGAGGGGAAAAAAGGUUCACUCUUUCUUCAGUGAUGCCCUCAAAGUUCUUUUAAGGCUCUAUAGAUUAAAAGAGAACAGUUAUGUAACACAAUAGUGCAACUGGUUAGAAGGAAUCGCUCUUCUGAAAUGAUCAGAUUAUUUGUGGAGUUGGAGUCAUUCUACACAUUGUACAGAAUUCAUGUGACCUGUACUAUUAGAGGUUGGGGAAAUCAUAUUUCUUAGUAAUAAUAAAAAGAGAGAUUUAGUGUAGUUAAGUUCUUCAUUCAAGGAGUGCUUAUGUGAUGGAAAUUCGUUUAAGACUAUCAGCAGUCUUAAACAGACAAGACCAGAAUUGUUUGCAGUAUCUAGAAUGACACUAAUUUUCUGUCAUGCCGCUGCACCAGCUAUUGUCCUUCAACUUUGGAUCCCUAUCUAGAGGUUGUUGGACUGCAUCUCCCAUAAUCCCUGGCCGUUGGCUAACCUUUUGGGGAUGACGGGAGUUGUAGUCCGAACAACAUCUGAUGAGCUAACAUUGAGGAACUCUGUGGCUAAUUUCUUUUUUUACAAAUUUAGUCUUGAGCUUUCAUUCCUGUAGUUUGUGUUUGUUAUUUCUCGGUUUUUAAAAUCCGAGAAAUGCCAUUUGCUUCCGUUCCAAUGCUCUCUAGGAGUCUAGGUACUAGUAAUGACAACUGACAUUGGUUGUUUAGAUUUGUUUGUGAUGUAUGUAAGUAUGUUCAUUUCUGAUCUCUUCAGUGUAGCUACAGAGAGACUAUAUAAAGUGAUUUUCUGCUAUUCGCAAGGCAUCUUGGAUGAAGCCUCUGUUUUCUGUGAAUACUAAGCAUAUCUGUUAAGCACAGAAUUUAGAGGAUUAGGCUGUUAGUGCUGAAGAAACCAGAGUUAUUGGUAGAUAUCUAGCUUUCCCUGGGUUAAAUGUAGUAUCUGAUUAAAAUUUUAUAAGAAGGCUCUGUGUGAUGUGUCCCAAGUUAACAAGAACACUGCAUCACCAUUCCCUUGAAAGCCAACUAGCAGUUAUUGAUUCUUUGAGGAGCUGAGCUGGAAACAUUGCUUUAUUUCCUUGCAUUGUGGAGCUCUCUGGUAAUGUUGUCAUGGACAAGUUGUAGAGCUUUGAUACCAUGGUUGAUUCAUUGAUUAAGAGCACAGGCCUUGAAUAAAUAAAAAGGCAUCUUGGCAGCCUGGAAAUGUGUUCGGUUUCCAGAACACUGAAUACAUUUUAAUGGCUUUCAUAUUCAUGGGUGCUUAUUAGUAACUACAUUAGUUCUGCAAUUUUGCAUGUUCUUUUAUAACACUUGCGGGUCCUUUCUAAAAAUAGCUGUGUAUAUAUAUAUUUUUAAUAGUUGACCAUAGUUCUGCAGGCAGGUAUGCACGCUCUUUUAAAACAAUUGCUGGUCCUUUCUAAAAAUAGCUGUGAAUAUAAUUUUAAAAAUAGUUGACCAUGACCCAAUUAAAUACUAAUGUGUACCUUGAGGCAAAGGAGCAAGUGAAUACACUUAGCAUUUUCCGUAGAGAGGAUAUCUUUAUAUUCUAUGAUCACAAAAUGGAAAAUCUAUUAAUUUUAUUGCAGAUAUACUGACAUUUUGCUUUUUCAAAGCAAAUAUCAGCUAUAUCUUAUUUUUGUAUAUGCCAAGGGUAUCAUUAGAGAAGAAGGGAGGAAGAGAGCAUGCUAGGAUUGCAGGGAUGACAAACUGUGUAUUUUUAGGACCAUACAGGAAAGCAUGAUUUCUCUUGGGCUCUGCAAAUCUGUUGGGGGUUUCUCUCAAACCACUGGAAUACUUUUAAGGGGGUACCUGGGGAGAGGAGAGGAAUGGGAAGUUCAGUUGCUCAGCCCAGAGUGUCUGCUCUGUGUAUAAAUUAGUUGGAUUCAACCAUGAUUCAUGUUUUUCAUUCUUUUUCUCCUAAAAAGGACGCUUGUUUUCUUAAAAAGCAAGGCAGGAAAAGGCUGAGGUGCACCCUUUGUGUCAAUUUUUUGGAAUAGCGCCACCACCAUCACCACUUCCUCCUUUAAAACCACCUAGUUCUGGGCAAGGAAGAAACUCCAGGCAGGGACAUUCAUGAUGUCCCAGCUUCCCUCUUCAGAUGUACAGGGAAAAUCCUGAGGCUACCAACUGUGUAUGUUUCCUGUUAGCUAAUAUAGGGAAUGUUUAGUGGGGGCAGCAGGGAGAGUCAGGUCUUUCAUCUUGUGCUUUGAUAGCAUCCGUGUUUUCCGAGAGUGACAAAUAAAAUACAUAAUGCAAUAGUUAACAGUGCCUUUGAGCAGGGUAUGUAAACAAUUGCUGUGUUAGUAAGAGCUUGCCUCAUCUCGCCCAGCAUGAGAACUGACUUGCAAGCUUUAAUUGUUGACUCCUGCCACUGAAAGAUGUGGCUACGCUUUGGCUGUUGCUGAAAGGAAAAGGAACACUGUUGGAAUUAUUAUAGACUUGUCUAUAAUAGGCUGUAUAUUGCUAUAUAAUAAUGUGUAUAUUGAGGGAGGGAAAGUCCAGUUCUUUUACCAUAAUUUUCACAUUGAAGAAUGUGAAACUGUAAAUAACUGGGGUUUGGGGGGUUGAGUAAUAAAGAGUCCAAUUUGAAAAUUUAUUACAGUAGCCCUGAAAAAGACCCUUCCUUUUUAAAUAGAAAAGUGACAUUUUUAAGAUGGUAAGGGUCAGAAGGGUGGUUAGCAAAGAAUAUGUUCAAUGAAGCUUUGGUAUGUUUAGUGGCUUAUAAUUUUUUUUAAUUAUCAAGAAUAUCUGGAUAGUUAGGCCUUCUCUCCCCACAGCAUUGAUUUUUUUUUUUUUUACAUUGCGGAAAUUUGUUGGUUUGUAAAUGAAUGCAAGAAAUGUUUCUUCUGCUGCUCAUAUGCAGUCUGGCUUAAAGAAUCUAAUUUCACCUUGCAUUAAUCUUAGUGUAGCACAUGAAAUGGGGGUAGUGGCACACUUUUAAUGAAAUUUCCCUGUUUGUGUAUGCUGUGGAAUAAGUUGUCAUACCAUCUUAAAGCUAGGAACGGGUGAUUGACAACCAGAGUCACACUCCCUUACAGACUUAACGGAUCUAUGAACUCAUUAAGGCUAGAAGAAAUGGGAACAGCACAUAUGGAGACAUUGUAGUUUUUGGUUUGCUCAUUAGUUGCUCUGUGCUUAGCGGCAAUUGACCUGAAAUAUUUGACUAAGAUUUGAAUAAGACUAAAAGAUACAUCUCCAGAUUACAUUUGGUAUUAACUCUUUGUUUAUGUUCUGUUGCAUCACUUAAGAAGUGCUGUUAGCCCCUGGUUCACUCAGGUCAAAAUUAAUUGUUUCUGCAGAUGCAAGAAAUAUAAUCACCAUAGAAGCAUAGCAUAUGUAAUACAUGUUUUGUUUUUGUUUCCCCCAGAGCCUUUUUGGCUUUACCAUAUAUGGUGAGAGCAACAAGCACAAAUGAACACAAUUCUAGUUCUUAUUUAUGGAGCAGCUUUUUAUUAUAUCAGGCCAGAGGUUAUCUAUUAUUAAAUCAUUCAGGCUUUACAUAUAACUCUUCUUAAAUAUAAAAUAAGGAAAAUUCUUAGUGUAUCAUUCAUACUAAGUUAAGAUUGCACUGGAAUGUUUUCUUGCACUUUCCAAGCUGUUUAUGAACCUUUUGAAUGCUGCUUAGAGAUUUUUCAAAUAUUUAAGUGGUUUAGAACUGCUUUUAAAUAAAUAAAACAAAACUUUGAACCCUCAUAUAAAUAUAUUUAAAACUCAACAAGUGGGGGAUUUCAGUUCAGUAGGAUCUCUUUGUGCAUACUUCCUUUGUCAUUUACACUUGAAAAUGCAAAUCAGUGAAUUUGUUAGACGGCUGAAUUUUUUUUAGAAUUGUAGAGUUGGAAGUGACCAUGAUGAUCAUCUAGUCCAGCCCCCCUGCAGUUCAAUGUAGGAAUGUUUUGCCUAAUAUGCAGCUCAAACUAAUGACCCAGAUAUUAAGAGUCUCAUACUCUACUGACUGAGCUGUUAUAGAUAUAGGAAUUCAAAAUUAAAAAGUGAUCAAGACUGUAAUGUCAGAUAUUUUAAUAGUCUUGCCUGUCUUGGCCAUCAAGUCCAUAUUUCACUGGAAUAUUUAUGACAAGCAUAAGCACUUGAACCUACAUGGAAUCCUGUUUAAGAGAACUCUCCUCUUGCUGUCCAGACAUUCAUUUUAAUCUAUGAAGGUUGCAGGUUCAAUCCCUGUAUGGCAUGGCUACCUAUUCAUGCAUUGCAAGGGGUUGGACUAGAUGUUUCUCAGGUUCCCUUCCAACUCUACAAUUCUAUGUUGCAUGAUUACUAUCACAAUGAAGGAUGGCUUAGAAGUACUUGUAUGUGCUCUUUAGAACACUUUUACAGAUUAUUGAGUUCAGUCGUUGAGACAGAGUUCUGAAUGCAUCUAUGCCACUGAACUUCAGUUCCUGUUUGCCUUGGUGCUUCCCAGGACAGAAUGCUGCUUGCUUCUUGUGGCUGUGAUCUGGAUAUAUUUGAUUGUAUUAAAAGGAGGGCUGCCAACAGACCAGGAAAACAGUUGCUAGGCUAGUUUUGUUUACUUCCUGGGCAUUGUUAGUGAUGAGAGAGAGAAAGCGAGAGAACUGUUGUCUCCCAUCCUUCUAAUUCAUUUAAAAAUGAUUCUCCCCUCAUCCAACUGUGUCUUAAAAGCAUGCUGUGAGGAUGCUAGGCCCAGCAACAAAAAUUGGUUUGAGCACCAGCUGUGAAAAUUUAAAACGACUGUUGCCAGGGACUAGAGACAGCGGUGUCUGUUGCUGUGCUGGCCUGUACACACCCCACACAGCAGGUGGUGGUUGAGUGCUGCAUAGUCAGCAAAAGCCACAGCAGGCUAAAGUGUGAACAAUGACCUGGGUAUUAUCUGGGCUAGUGAUGGAGGUGUCGGUCUUUAAGUUUUUAUUUUUAGCUGCUGGCUUGUGUGUAGGAGGAGUCUUUGUUUCGUUUUGUUAGCGUGUUGCAAAUGUUUUCUAUCAUAGUUUUGGGAGGCUGUUUCCCCACAACGUAUUGUAUGAUACCAUAUAAUCCCCCUUUCCUGUGGUAUAAUGUAUUUAUGUAUACAUAUUUUUUAAAUGUCAGUAUUUGGAGACCCUUUGGUUCUUAAAAUUAAAAACCAAUUCUAUGUUUCCAUUCUCUUGAGGUUUGUACUGCUGCUUCUUUAAUCUUGGUUUUGUAGAAAUGACAGGUAGGGUGUUCAUGAUGGGCAGAAUAGCACACCAAAGUUUCUAUGCUAUCUGUAAAGUGUCUUAUGGAGGCGAUGGUUAUAUAAUGUCCCUAGAGAACAGCUUGCACUGAAGGUUUUCACGACAGAUUUUGCUGUUAAAGCAUUACUUUCUUUGUGACACCUUUUUAGUGUUCAAGCAGUUCUGUUUCAAAUUGAUGGAAGCUUGCCACCCUGCUGAAAAUCUAUAUGUGUAACCUUACAACAUCCCCCCCUUUAGAAGGAACCAAGAAACCUUCUGUUUCAGAUUUGUUUUUGCAGACAAAAUGCAUUUUUUUAUUAGCAAAGGAAGCCUUUGCAUCAUGACACACAAUUCUAGAAAAUUGUAUGACUAUUCUUUAGUUAGCGAAAACAUUAUUGCACAAACAGUUUCUAUUUUGUUACCAAUCUUAUUACAGUAUUCUAUAGUUUUGUCAGCAAGAAAUCUUUCCAUUGAAAUGGAUUGUUUUCCUAUAUCUAACCUUGGGAGGAGGGGAAAUUGUGAAGUCAAAUGUUUGUAAAUGGGGAAAAAAAAUUAUAAGUAUUCAUUUUCAACAAUAGCCUUCUACAAGAGCCUUUGGUUUCUUCAAGCCACCAUACAUGGUGGUGGCAGAUUCACUUGUUUAAAUAAGGGUCUGCACACAGUCAUGAAUAGUAGUGCCUCUCUCCCUUUUCGCAUAACUGAACAAUGCUUUGAAUAAAGGAAGUAUUUGCAUGAGUGUUUUGUGGCUGAAGAAAGCCACCAAAUUUGUUGUGAAACCCUUGCUACUGUCUGUUAUGGAAAUGGUUUUGUUCCUGGGUUAGGGAGAGGGGACUACUGGAUGGCGCUGCACUUCAUGAUAAGUGGCAGCUAUCCUACCUUUUGUUGUUGCGUGGAGAAGAGCCACAGUUAUGAAUACUAUAUUCUGAUGCCAUUCUGCAGUUUGCAAGCAUUGUUUUCAGACCCCCAGUACCAGACUGUUUGUAUUGUGUUUUAACUGAGAUGGCUCAAUGGUGAGGAACAUUAGUUUGAAGGGUUGCUGCCUAACUCUGUGGAAAAUGCUCGGACAGAAGAUCACCAGGUUGAUGGACCAUAUGGAUUGAUAGAAAGGACUGGCAGAAUCCGAGACCAGGGAGAAGAGACGGUGGAAGAAGUUUGGAAAAAAGUUUAAAAUUUAUUUAUAGAAACAUUGUAAAAUUAAUGAGCGUUAGAAAAAUGUUGGAAUGAAAUUACACGGCUUUAGUAGAAAUGUUAUAAGGAGUUAAGUACAAAUAAGUUUUAGGGUAUUAAUGGUAAGAUAAGGUUAAAAUAAUUUAUGACAAUUAUGUGACAGAAAAUAGUGAAAGAUGGAAAGGAUUUGCUGAAAUAAUUAAUAAUUAGAACACAAAAAAGGGAGGUGCGAGGAGGUCGAUGAAACAAGUUAAUGAAAGACAAAGAUAUAGAAAUAUUGGAUGUGUUUUUAAUUGUUUUUGCUUUUGCUUUUGUUUUGAUGUAUUGUGUCUUUUGUUUUUUCUUUUUUAUGUAUAGUAUUGAUUUGUAUUGUUUACUUUCCUUUCUUUCUUUCCUCUUUCUGUAAUCUUUAAACUUUUAAUAAAUAUUAUUUUUUUUUAAAAAACUCUGUGGAAAAUGGAUGCGUGGAAAUGGAAAAUGCCAUACUAAUAGAUUUGGAUUUGUUUCAGAUUUACCUUGGUGGUUGAUUCUAAUUCGCCAAAAAGUAGUGGUUGGCAAGCUUCCAGGAGAUCAUGAAAUAUGCAAAGUAACAAAGAUUGCAGCAGUACCACUCUCUGAAGCAGAACCUCAGGAUCUGGAACUGGAGGUAACUUUAACACUCGGAAUACUUUGAAAUCUAGCAGUUGAUAAGAUGAGUGCUUAUAUGCAAAACUAGGGCUUCACUUGUUAUCCGAGGCUCUUAAUUGGAUGGUGUUUUUAAAAGUUUGUACUUUGGGAUUUCUUCUGUUAUCUGCUGCCUUGCUGAAUUUGUAUUUUUUAUUUUAUUGUUAAUAACCUUCAUUAGCUGCUUUGAAGCAUACAUGAAAAUCUGCAUAUAAAUAUCCUGAAAAUAGAUAGAUAGAUAAGAAUAUGCACACAUUCAUACCUAAACCACAUGCUUAAAUAAAAGAUAAUUUAUUUAACAUUCAUUUGAUAGGACAUAUGUAAUAGAAUAUUGUUUCUUUAAGCUUUAUAUUAACUUAAUAUUUUCUUUUCAGCUCUGUAAAAAACAUCAUUUUGGAAUAAACAAACCAGAGAAGAUUACCCAGUCUCCAGAUGACUCUAAAUUUCUGCUCAAGACCUUCACUCAGAUUAAAUCAAAUGUUUCUGCUUCUAAUAAAAAGAAGGUAGGGAUUUCUGUGGGCUUUCAAAAUGUUUUUUUCCUUGUAGAGUGCUAUAAAAACUAUUUGUAUUUGUAUGUAUGUAUGUAUGUAUAUAUGUAUUCUGUACUUUUUCCGCAAAGUAGCUUUUUAUGGUUUCCUGCCAAUCAAAUCUGCUACUCAUUCUAAAUAAGCAUCGCUGGCCCCUCUGUUUUGCAUUUCACCCUGCAGGUGAUAUCCAGUUAUGGCAUCCCACUUGUGCUUCUGCUCCUCUUCCUUUCUUUUCCAAAGCCUUUCUCUUCUCCUGUAUUGUUCUUAUUUAUUUGACAACUUCACCAUCCAUCUGUUGAUGGGGCACAAUACCUUGGACAUUUUUUAUUUCUCUUUCCUUUGAGCAUAUUCAGUCCUUUACCGAGUCAUAUGGCAUUGCAAACAUUUCAAAAACAUGUCUCUUUCAUUUGGCCCCAUCAGCAAAACUUUGGGCCAUUCUGUUUGUGUCCAGCUUCCACUGCUGCAGUCUUCCCCUCUGUCUAGAACAGGAGUGGGGAACCCAGCAUCCCCAGACAGCAUGACCAGUGCUCAGGGAUGAUGGGUGUUGUAGUCCGGCAACAUCUGGAAGACUGCAGGUUCUCUAGCCUAGAAUUCUGCACCCACUAUUCAUCUUUCAUCAUUCAUUCUAUGACAUAGUUCCUUACAUCCUCAUGCCAGCUUCCUGUCUGAUUUCAUAUUCAGCACAAUUUCGUUCCAGGUCUUUGGCACCUCAUACGUCUUCAUGCUCUUAUUCCAGUAUAUCCAUGCCAAUGACCUUUUACUCAUCCCAACUCCACCAGGCUUAGGUUUCCUUCUUGCUGGAAUUGCUGUCUUUUCUUUGCUAGCAGCAUUUAUGCCUGUGACUUGUCCCAGCAGAACAAAUAUGUAAUGUUCCCACUUUGUCAAAAGGACAACCGUAAUGGCUAAAGCACAGCUUUCCAAACUUUUCAUGUUGGUGACACACUUUUUAGACAUGCAUCAGUUUGUGACACUGAUUCAGUUCUGCAUAAUUUUGCAACAUGCUAAUGCAGUUUUACUAGCAAACCGGACGUUAAACUCUUUUCUAGCCCCAGGAGGAGCAUGGGGAGUGUUUGUGUGACACACAUACAGACUGCAGCCAACACACUAACGUGUUUUGACACACAGUUUGGAAAGCUCUGGGUUAAAGGAACUAAAGCACUUUUUGUUCAUAAAGAGGCUAAAACAUUUGGAACUGUUUAGUUUUGGGAUGGCAGAGGGACUAAGGAAGAACAUAAUAAAGAUUUAUUAAAAAUUACUUGUGGUUUGGGGAAAGUGGAUAGACAUUUUUCCUAUGCUGCCUCUUAGGCCUUGCCAUCUGUGAAAGGUACACUCUGUACUGAACCCUUUGCUUUUUAGAUGAUAAAAUCUCUCAGUAGAACAUGAAGUGUUUUGUAACAUAUGAUGUGGUCUGAUCUUUUUACCUCCCUCCAUGCAUCAAAAUAGAGGAAUACAGUAUAUUGUGUAUGGUGCCUGAGCAACUUCUGCUACAUUGGAAAAUGGGCAGUCACUUUGAUAGGGAAGGCCUAUCAAAUACAGUAGCACCUCGGGUUACUUUAUCCUCGGGUAACGUAAACUUCAGGUUGCGAAAGCAGCAAACCCAGAAGAAUAUGACCAGGUUUCACCAUGUGCGCAUGCGCAGAAGUGGUCUACUACCGCAUGCAUGCGUACAGCAGUGAUCCUCGGGUUGCGAAAACCUCGGGAUCUGGCCGGACCUCCAGAACGGAUCUCAUUCGCAACCGGAGGUACCAAAGUAUUCUAAAUAUCUCUCCUGAUUUGAAAUCUAAAAUGACAUAAUACCCUAUAUGUAUCUUCCAAUCUACGUGACCUGAAGAAGCAAGACCUUAAAUUUGUAGUUAACUUCUAUGGCUGACCCAUUUGCUUGAUGAGGACAAAGUCGAAGGGUGGAAGAUCUUGCUGGGCUGAAGUUUGUAAAAGUUGUUUAAUAGUAUAUAUUUGGAUAUAAAAUUAGUCAAAGUAACAUUUCCCCAGUCAGCCUAAUAUUUUGCUGUUUCACAGGUUAAAGAAAGUAAAGAGAAAGAGAGACUGGAGAGGCGGCUGCUGGAAGAACUAUUCAAAAUGUUUAUGGACUCGGAUUCCUUUUAUUACAGUUUGACUUAUAACCUAACAAACUCCGUGCAAAGGCAAAGUGCAUGUGAGAAGGCUAACUUGCCACUCUGGAAGAAGGUAAGGUUGUCUGUUGAAACAUUAUCAGUGUUUUGAACGAAUACUUGGAUUCCUGUGUGCAUGUAUCUGAUCUUAUUCAUUUAUCUGUAAAACCAAGAAACAUGAAUUGUUUCCUGUUGGCUUGUGUUCUGAUAAGGGUGAGUUUGCAUUGUUCUCUGGUUUUCGGAUGGAAAAUAUUUACAUUUUAAUUUCAUUUUCAGGUUGAUGAUAGAUUUUUUUGGAACAAACACAUGCUAGAAGACUUGAUCAAUAUUGGUGUGAGUAAUGUUUGCUAUGAAUAUGUAUUUUGUUUAGAACCUCUGCGUAGAAGGUAGAAAGCUGUUCUACUUGUUUUUAAUACUUAGUCAAAUUGAUUAGUAAAGAGAUUUGCCAGGCUUCAUGGGUCUCAUUCUAACUUAUAUAUAAUUCUGUAAUAAAAAUGUAGAAACCUAGUGUGGAAGGGGAAAAUGCAUAAAAUGACACAUUCAUCAGACCAUAGGAAGAGCCUACUUGUUCAGGCCAGUGGUCAGAGGUGCCAUCUUCGGAAGAACAUUGAGGGGGGGCACACACAAUGUCCUGACGUCGCUCUGUUCUCGGCUCUGCAUUUGGCUUGAACAAUGCAGGGCCCCCUGGAGCUGGUGCCUUUGCCAGUGGCCCAUCUACUCCAUCAUUCUGUUGUCACAGGGACCGAUCUGAUGCCUAUAGGAAGCUUGCAUGUAGAACCUGAGCAUAAGAGCAUGGUUCCCUCUUGCAGUUUCUAGCAUCCAGAAGUGUGCUGCCUCUGAUUACGGAGGCAGAGCAUAGCCAUCAAGGCCUGUAGCCAUUGCUAGCUUUUACAGUGGUGCCCCGCAAGACGAACGCCUCGCAAGACGAAAAACCCGCUAGACGAAAGGGUUUUCCGUUUUGGAGGCGCUUCACAAAACGAAUUUCCCUAUGGGCUUGCUUCGCAAGACGAAAGCCCAUAGGGAAAUCUCGAUCCGCUGAAGCCUGGGCGCGCUGAUCUCAGCGCGCGCAGGCUCCGGCAUGCCGGCAACUCUCCGCGAGCAGCGGCAGCGCUGCCGCUGCUCGCGGAGAGGUCCGCGGAGCCUGGGCGCGCUGAUCUCAGCGCGCGCAGGCUUCGGCAUGCCGGCAACUCUCCGCGAGCAGCGGCAGCGCUGCCGCUGCUCGCGGAGAGGUCCGCGGAGCCUGGGCGCGCUGAUCUCAGCGCGCGCAGGCUUCGGCAUGCCGGCAACUCUCCGCGAGCAGCGGCAGCGCUGCCGCUGCUCGCGGAGAGGUCCGCGAAGCCUGGGCGCGCUGAUCUCAGCGCGCGCAGGCUUCGGCAUGCCGGCAACUCUCCGCGAGCAGCGGCAGCGCUGCCGCUGCUCGCGGAGAGGUCCGCGAAGCCUGGGCGCGCUGAUCUCAGCGCGCGCAGGCUUCGGCAUGCCGGCAACUCUCCGCGAGCAGCGGCAGCGCUGCCGCUGCUCGCGGAGAGGUCCGCGAAGCCUGGGCGCGCUGAUCUCAGCGCGCGCAGGCCGGCAUGCCGGCAACUCUCCGCGAGCAGCGGCAGCGCUGCCGCUGCUCGCGGAGAGGUCCGCGAAGCCUGGGCGCGCUGAUCUCAGCGCGCGCAGGCUCCGGCAUGCCGGCAACUCUCCGCGAGCAGCGGUAGCGCUGCCGCUGCUCGCGGAGAGGUCCGCGAAGCCUGGGCGCGCUGAUCUCAGCGCGCGCAGGCUUCGGCAUGCCGGCAACUCUCUGCGAGCAGCGGCAGCGCUGCCGCUGCUCGCGGAGAGGUCCGCGAAGCCUGGGCGCGCUGAUCUCAGCGCGCGCAGGCUUCGGCAUGCCGGCAACUCUCCGCGAGCAGCGGCAGCGCUGCCGCUGCUCGCGGAGAGGUCCGCGAGCCUGGGCGCGCUGAUCUCAGCGCGCGCAGGCUUCGGCAUGCCGGCAACUCUCCGCAAGCAGCGGCAGCGCUGCCGCUGCUCGCGGAGAGGUCCGCGAAGCCUUGGCUGGACAGCUUUUGAAGGCAGGUGGGGGGCAAGACUUUCGCCCCCGCCAACCUUCAGAAGAGGUCCAGGACCUCUUCUGAAGGCUGGCGGGGGCAAAGUCUUUGUCCCCCUGCCUGCCUUCCCAGGGGCUUUAAAUUGCCCCGGACAGCGGAGAAGUCCUCCGCUGUCCCGGGGCAAUUUUAAAUUUCCGCCCGCCAGCAUUUUAAGAUCGCCCCGGACAGCGGAGAAGCCCUCCGGGGUCCCGGGGUUUUUUAAUAUGCUGGGGGUGGGAGGAAAAGCCCUUGUCCCCCCCAGCCUUCAGAAGAGGUCGGGGACAGACUGUCCCCGGACCUGGUCUGAAGUCGGUUUCCCUAGGAACGCAUUCAUUGAUUUUCAAUGCAUUCCUAUGGGAAACCGUGCAUCGCAAGACGAAAAACUCGCAAGAAGAAAAAACUUGCGGAACGAAUUAAUUUCGUCUUGCGAGGCACCACUGUACCUCCAUUAAUUUGCCUAAACGCAUUUUAAAGCCAUUCAAUUUGGUGGCCAUUAUUACCGAUUGUAGGAACGAGUGUGAAGAAGAACUUCCUUUUAUUCACCCUAAAUCCUUCCAACAAUUAGUUUCACUGGAAUUUCAUGAGUUCUAGGGUUACGAGAGAGGGAGGAAAUAUAUAUCCACUUUCUCCAUGCCUUAUAAAUUUCUAUCAUCUCACAUUUUCUCCAAACCGGAAAAAAGUCCUAAAUGCUGCAACCUUUCCUCCUAGGGGAGUUGCUCCAUCCAUUUGUACUUCCUUCAUUUCUUUUUAACUUUGUAGAAAUCUGAAGUGGAUUUUUGGAUUAUCCCAGUCAUCCAGGGAUUUGUUCAGAUUGAAGAGCUUGUAGUUAAUUAUAAUGAAGCAUCAGAUGAAGAGAAAAGCAGUCCUGAGACACCACCUCAAGAGCCAGUCUGCGUGGAUGAUAUUCACCCAUGUUUUCUUGUGGCCCUUAUCUCACGCCGAAGUCGCCACAGAGCUGGUAAAGUUGCUAUGAUAGCUUUCAUGGACUGUUUAAUAAUAGAAAAAUAUUGAUUGAAUCAAGAACUUGAAAAAGUUGCACAAGAUUCUUUUUUCAAAAACGCUGUUCAGCUGAUAAUCCAUGCCUUCCCCCACCCCCCGGAUGACUGUACCCAGAAAACGGUAUUGCUCUCUUUUAUUCCUUUCACCAUGUAGUAGUUCUAAUAAUAUUUACUUUGAUGGGAUUAAAGUUAUGCAUUUUUCACAGAUUUGCUUUCCAAUUACAUUGAUCCUGAAUUACAUUGACCAUGGAUACCUGCCUGAUUUGGGAUAAUGAUAAAAAACUACAUUACUUUCAUUCUUCUGUGCUAGUUUUUGUGUAAAGGGGAAAGAAAGACUUGAAUCAUAAGGCAAAUUAACUGCAAGGACAUUCAUGGGAGGAAAACUUUCCUUUCUCCUCCACACUAUCCUGUGCUACCCCCAAAGCCUUUUUUGCGGGGAGCACAGGGGAGAGGAGAGGAUUGGAAACUUUCCUUAUGUGGACAUCCUUAUUAACUUAACAAAGCUAUUGGCUUGGAUCCUAAAGUUAUCAACAAUUAUUUAAUAUGCAGAAACAUACACAUUUCUAAUUGAAUUCUCUUACUGAUAACCUGUGUGGCUGGCAAGAAUAACUUUUCCAACUGCUUUGCAGGGCUUGCCAUCGCCAUAUAAAUCAGAAAUGGUAAUAAACACUGAGGGUGGAAUUCAUCAUCAUACUCUUCCAGUUGUUCCAUCUGUGCAAGCAUUGCCAGACAGAACAAUCCUUCCUCUGUCCCACUGCAUGCUAUUCUGGGGGUUCCCUCCCAUGAGCCAAUUUCAAGGUAUGAAGGGGGAGGAGUCGGGAGGAAGCCCCAUUGUUCAGGUAGAAGACCUUGCACAUGAUUUCUGCUGAUGGGGUUUGCUAGGUGAAUCCCACCUUGAAUAUAUGCCCCCCCCGCCCCCCCAAGGAAUUAGUUUUCAUCGCCCUGUGUAUUCAUUGUGAGGAAAAUAAGCUGUUUUUAAAAUAAAACUGGCUACAUAAAAUAAAAUACAUAAAAUAAAUAAACUACAUAAGAUUCCCUGUAGUCUUCUGAAUUUACAAAUUGAUUUCAGCCAUCUAAUUCCCCCCACCCCCAAAUAUCUGCCGUAGGACUAAUUUAAUCUACUGAUACCAGUUUGACUUUUGAUUUGACAUUUUUGAUCUCUUCAUUCUUUUGCUAUAACGGAGUAGCAUUUAACAGCUGGAAAUUACUCUAGCAAAUACAUAGGCUUGCUAUAUCCUUCCUGAGAAUUCUUUGUUGUUGUUUUUUAAAGGAAUGCGUUACAAACGGAGAGGCGUUGAUAAAAAUGGGAAUGUGGCAAAUUAUGUGGAGACAGAACAAUUGAUUCACGUCCAUAACCACACCCUCUCUUUCGUUCAGACGAGAGGCUCAGUGCCUGUGUUCUGGAGUCAGGUUGGUUACAGAUACAAUCCCCGGCCACGACUGGACAAAUGUAAGCGUUGGUACCUUAUGAGUGAUUUAUGCUCUUAUUACAGUGUUUGAUGGACUUAAAUAUUUAUAGCUAUGUUUCAGGUCGUAGUAAAGGUAGUCACUUUUGUCCCUUCACAUGUACCUGGAGUAUUGUCAUUGCUGUUAUCUCCAUACUCCAGGAUAUAGCAAGCUGCUGCUCGCAUUAUUUGACACUCGAUUGGCAGAGGGACAAUUCCCAAAGGCACAAGUGCCACUUGGAUGUGUUGUGUGAACACUGUAAACCAAACUACACAGAUGAACCUUUUUUGAGUUCUUAAGGGUGGCAGGGGAACAGUAAUGUUCCAGGUACACAUAAAGAAUGGUAUAUUAAUUUAAUAACGUAAACCUACAACCCUUUGUUUGACAUCCUUCUAUGGAAGCAACCACUCUGCAAACUAAAUUUCUGAUGGCAUCUUGAAACUUGCACAGAUCACUUUAUAUGGAAUCAGAUCAAAAGCCUGAAAGUCUUGAAUGUGGCUGUUAAGCUAGAUCAGCUGAGAGCAUGCUACUUGUAAAUCCAUAAUCAAGUUGAGAAUGCCAGAGAUUGAACCUGAGUUGUACUCUACCGCAGAAUGUUGCUUUACCACACCUUCCCCCUAAAGCACAGAUUUUCAAGCAAAGUAAAGAUGAAAUUACAUUCUUGCAUUCACCUGACAUUUGAGGAGGAUAAUACUUAAAAUAGUGCCGAGUUUCAGUUUAAGUAUUUCCAAAUGUAUUAGAAAGGUACAUCUCCCCAGGAGUUUGUUUUAGUGAAUUAGAUGCACCUGUUCACCUGGUAGUGAAGAUGGUUGGGAUAAUAGCAAGCUGCAGCGUUAGAUGGGAUAUCAGGCUGCAGUUCUUUUCUGGAGUGGUACUGAACUGGAAGAAAUAGUUCCUAUGGAAAAAUGCUCUGAAAUUCAUUUAUUCUCCAGAAUUGCCCACAUUCGUCUCUUAGCGGUAAUUUUCUCUUUCCUAUGAAUUUCUUUCCACAGACUCCUCCAUGCACGUACUUCCAACGUGGCCCUGUUUGAAUACUUUAAACGUGCCCAUUUCAUCCCCCAAGCUUCCUUAACAAGGUAUUUUUUUUGCAGGUGAAAAAGAAACUGUUCCAUAUUUCCGUGCACAUUUUGAAGAACAGUUGAAAAUUUAUACAAAACAGGUGGGUUUCCAAAUUAUUACAAGAUCAUAUAUUAAAAGUUUGGAACUAUUGUAAUGGUGAUGUAUAUCUUUUAACUUAUGAAGAAUAGAACUAAAUGGUUGCAUUUCAUAUUGAAAGCUGUUCCUGUUGAUGAUGAUGAUGAUGAUGAUAUAAUAAUAAUAAUAAUAAUAAUAAUAAAUACCCCGCCGAUCUGGUUGGGUUUCGCCAGCCACUCUGGGCGGCUUCCAACAAAAUAUUAAAAUACAGUAGUCUGUCAAACAUUAAAAGCUUCCCUAAACAGGGCUGCCUUCAGAUGUCUUCUAAAAGUCUGGUAGUUGUUGUUCUAUUUGACAUCUGGUGGGAGGGCGUUCCACAGGGUGGGUGCCACUACUGAGAAGGCCCUCCGCUUGGUUCCCUGUAACUUGGCUUCUCGCAGUUCCAACCAUUGGAACAACAAUUACAACCAUAUAAGGUGACAUGCUUAGGACCAAACAGCAGCUGUAUGCCAGAGAGCAUCCUAACUAUUGUUGCUGCCUUGGCAGGUUUCUGUGCAUUUGUGUAUGCAAACUCUUUUUAUCCUAAUCCUGAAUGUUGGAGAGCUAGGAGAAAAGCAACUUUUCAACCAUAAUUAGCCCAUAAUGUUGGAUUGCAUGCAAUUAAUUGAUGGCACUCUAAAGGACACAGUUUCUGAGGGAGCUUCUAGCACUUAUUGAGAAAGCACACAGCAGUCACCUAUAACUUCUGCUAGACUAGACAUAUUUGCCCCUUGUACAUACUUGUUAGAUUUCAUUUGUCUUAUGUACUUGUUUGCAUUUUUAUUUUGAAAACUUUUAACAGAUUAUCAUUAACUUGGUGGACCAAGCUGGACGAGAAAAAAUUAUUGGUGAUUCUUAUCUUAAACAAGUUUUAAUGUACAACAAUCCAAGUCUUACAUACGUUUCAUUUGACUUCCAUGAACACUGGUAAGUCUGUCAAAAUGUCUUAUAGCAAUUUAAUACAAAAAUGCUAAAUCAUUCCAUUCCAUUCCAUGUUUCUUGUAAGCUGGUAUAGUAUGGCAGGUGUUUUCCAGAGCUAGGUUAUGCCUCUGUGAAUGUUUUCAACAUCUUUGUAAACUGUCAUUUUGAAAUAUUGUCUUUAUAAAAAUGUUUAGGUGAGUAUUUUCUUGUAUGUGUUCAUACAUACUGAUGUCAGAGAGUGAGUCAGGAUUUUGGGCAUGUGCAUAGCUAUUCAAGUUGAUUUGUCUGUGACAGAUAUUAGAAGAUGCUUUUAAAAAAUCUCCAUAAGGAUUAUUUUUUCCAGAUUUCGUUUGAUAUAAAAUAUACAGUACUGCAUUCCUCUAAGAGUAAAAAUUCACUGGAAAUUUUAAUCUUACUCUUCAAACAAUGACCUGCACAAUUCCUUAUCUGCAUCUCCCAUGGUCGUAUUAAAUUAUGCGUUAUGUUUAAUACACCUAUGUAGAAUUGUACUGACCAUUAUUAUAUAAGCAUCUGUCCGAUGAAUUUCCAUGUUCUUGUGUUGAAAAAAAGAAAAAAGAAACCAGUAAGUUGUAUUUUCUUUGUACUUUUUAGCCGUGGAAUGAAGUUUGAAAAUGUUCAAACAUUGACAGAUGCCAUUUCGGACAUAAUCACUGAUGUGAAGUGGUGCUGGUUAGUAUUAGCAUGUUAAUUUCACUCUGAAACAGAAAAUAAAUUUUCCAUAAAUGAUUGCAUGCCACUUGCCCCCUUGUAAUGAUACACACGCUGCUUGAUAGGGUAGAUUAUUUUGGCCGGUGAUUUACAACUGGUCCAAGAUGAGCUUGUAUGUCGAAGUACCGAGUGUACACUUUGGCAGUUCUUCUGGGCUGGCUGCUAACUGGGAAUGCUUGGUUAGUAGAAGUGGCCAGGGUGCUUUUUACCAUCUUAUGUUCACAACUGGUGUACAAGUCUAUUUGGAGAGGAUAAGCCUUUUCUCAGUUAUCAUUGCACCUAGUAAUGCCCAACCUGGACUAUGUUAAUGCAUUCCAUUUGGGCUGCAUUUAAAUACAGUUUGGAAAUCUGGCUGCCCAAGUAAUGAUGGGGUCAGGUGAUCAGAUCAAAUGGACCCUAUAUUUCACCAGUUGCUGGUACAUUUCUGUCCCAUUUGAAAGUGCAGGUCCUAAUAACCUUUGAAUGGUGUGGAACUAAGUUGCCCACACUUUUCACCAGCUGAAGCCUUAUUUAUGUCUCUGCCAGGAGAAAAAUUAAGCUUGAAGGCAUAUAGGACAGAGAUUUUCUCAGUGGUGACCCUACAUUUGUGGAACAUACUGCCAAUUAGAGAACGUCAGGACUCCAUUGCUGCAGGCCUGAAGUCUUCUUUGUUCUUUGUCACAUUUUCUUAAAUGGGCUUUAUUGGGCUGCUGAAUUAAAUAGUUCUUAACCAUAAUUACUGAACUGGAUAUUUAGGCAUAAUUACUGAGGUUGGUUUCAUCAGUGGUUAUUUUAGUUACUGUUUGGAUGUUUUUGUUACUCAUGUUAUAUAUUUUAUGGGAAGUUUCCUUAGAAGGCUUUUGACUCUUAAAGGCAGCAUAUAAUAGUGUUAAUAAAAUUAAUUAGGAGAGGUUUGGACAGUAUUUAAAGCUCAGGUUAAUAAAAUGAUGGCAUCUCAUCAGUGAUAAUAGUUACCUCACACAGAAUGGGUAAUCUUUAGGUGCCCUUUUUGAAGGACAAGAAAUUAGUUUCAUGAGAGUAAUGUUCUUUCUUUCCCCUGUGACAGGGGUGGGGAAGCUUUUUGGCUCCAUGUUCCAUAUCCUUAACGGGAUUUCUGGUUUAAGACAGCAAACGCUGCUUUUUGCAAGCAUCGUGGCAAUCAAGAGAAACCCUCCUCCUUGCAGAUCCACUAAAAGGGGGCUUCUCUAGUGAGCCGUGAUAUGUCCUGCAGUGCGCCUGUAAGAAGUGCAGCGAUACCUGUAAAAUACUGGGGGUAGUUUCUCCUCUCCCCUAUUCUUCUUCUCAUCUCAAGCCACCCUGUCCGGACCAUGAGACAGCCUUCCUCAGGAAAUAGGAGAGAAGGGGAAAGAAAGCAUGCUGUUUGCAAAGGCCUCUGUAACUAUGAGAAGAGAAGGAGGAGAGGGCCUAAAGCUGAACAUUACUUGGACAGAUUUGUGGACAUUAAUGCAGCAGCAAGAAGACGAUUGGAAUCCCCUUCGGAACUUGAAAUAUGGGUACCCCCAACAAAAAAUUAAAAUUCAGCUUUGUAAUUCGGAAUUUAUGUGAUGUGAUUUGAUUUGAUUUGAUUGGUUAAUACAAAUUAUUAAAAAAAAAAAAAAGCUGAUCUAGUCCCCUCAAGCUGGACAAGGGAAAACACAAGAGAACUGAAGGAGAUAGGUGCAAGACCAGCAGAAUGGAAGAGGGGAGGGAGUUUCAGACAGCCCUUGCCACACUUGUUUGAACUGAGGAGGAUUUAACCCCUGCUCAUCAGCUGAUAAGCAGGGAUUAAAUCCCACUACUUUGUCUGUGCAGGCACUCAGACAAUGCAGAAUUUAAUCCUGCCAUCCCACCCAUCAUUCGGAUGGGUGGGGGUGGUUUAGGGAAAAUGAAUUUUUUUCUACACCGAGGGAUGUAGGAUUUUUUCACUUUAAGCUUUCUAAUAUUUUUCUUCUUCACUUUUUGCAAGGGUGGACCAAGCUGGAGUGAUUUGUAAGCAGGAAGGGAUUUUCCGAGUUAACUGUAUGGAUUGCCUGGAUCGAACCAACGUUGUCCAAGCUGCCGUGGCCCGUAUAGUUAUGGAACAGCAGGUAUUGCAACUUCAGUUUACAAAAACCUUUAUUAAUGAGAACUAUGUGAAAUAUAGUCAAUUAGACUACUAUGGAAUGUGUGCAUAGUCUAUUCAUACUUAAAUUGCUUCAGAAUAAUUCUUCUAAUGUGAAGCAUGAUCUUAGUGGAGAACAGUAGUUAUUACCCUUGCCAUGGUUGCACAAGUAAUAGAUGCAAAUUCAAAUUUUUGUCCGGUGUUUGGAGAACAAGGUUUCAGUGGUUAACAGACGAAUGGAAUAAACUUGCUUUCUGUAGCUUCAGAAGAAAGAUAACAGCCCUAUACUCCUAGAGUAAAAAAAGACGAAAGAAUGGCACUUAGUAAUAACAAUAAAAUUAAAUUCCAGUUGAAGAAGUUGGGUGUGAUGCCACCGGAACAACCACUGCCAAUGAAAUGCAAUCGGAUCUACCAGAUUAUAUGGGCUAACAAUGGUGAUGCCAUAAGCAGACAAUAUGCGGGAACAGCAGCUUUAAAGGUAAAAACAUUUCACUUCAAGUAAAAAUAACUCUUAGGGUAAUUCUUUUCAGUUUUGUUAACUGAACUUAUAGCAGGAAUAGUUUACAAGGUUUAUACAGGAGCUUAUUGUUUUGGUUUAACACAUCACAUCUUUCUUAAUGUACAGGACUUCUGCUGACUGGGCUGGUUAGGUGAAUCCCGUCCAUAGAUUUCACUGUUCUAGAGUUAAUACUAUAGAUCAGGGGUUCUCAAACUUUCUACCAAUGUGGCCAGCUAGAGACAGCUGAAAAUUGCUGAGGCCCAGCAGUCAAAAAAACUGCAGUGCAGGGGCAGAGCCUGUCACAAAAUAGUGGCAGAUUGAGGCAGAGGUUGGAAUUAAUCAGAUGGAAGUUCCAGGCAUUUUCUAGCGAGCCAGUCGAUCUUUGAAAUUGCUAAAUUCUUUAUUACAGCAUUUUCUUUGUAGGAAAAAAUUCCAUAGCUCAGCUUUCCUCCAGCUAAUUACAGGCAUUUGCUCUUGAGGUAUCAUGAGUCAGCCUUCCAGUGUAAGGCAGAAUUUGUUGAUCCAGAGGGUUCUAAGUAGAAAGGUAUUUCCCCUUCCCACCCACAUAGGACUCUAAACAUAUUUUUACCUGUCUCCGGUGAUUUCUUCUGCUAUCCUCCCUUCACAUUUAGUUUGCUUGCUAUUCACCACCCACCCAGCUGCCUGUCUCAUUCAGCCUUUUCCCUGAUCUUCUUAUGCUUUAUUUUCUCCUAUAAGAGCUUUCCUCCAUUAUCCUCUUUUCACUUUCCAGUUUGUUUAACAGUAAUGAUGAUUGUGAUAAUAAAUCAUUAACCUUUUAUCUUAAAAGUUUCCUGCAACACCUCUUCUGGCUUUCCCCCUCCCUCAGAAACCUUCCAUUCCUCUUCCCCAUCUCUCUUGAACUUCUGUGUCUCCCAAGCACUGUUACUCAGCAUGCGAAGGGUCGCUGAUGUUGGCAUUGAUCCAACCAGCUAGUGGGGUGGGAUAGGCAAGUGAGGAGGGAUUGUGCAGACUGAAACACUGAGGCCCACCUGAAAGCGAUUCCUGGCCCACUUUUUGAGAAACCCCAAUACAGAUCUCGUGUUCAGAAUCUGCAGAUAUGUUUUAUAGAAAAGGGACAUAUUUCAAAUGGUGACUCUUAAAUAAGUGCUAUUUAAACGUACAGGAGUACUUUAAAAAAAAAUGAGAUGUAACUCUCUGCUUCUGAAAGAUGCGUUUCUUAAAGCAGUGGAAAGUUAAUGUUACUUAAGAUGUCUCUCAUAUGAAUAACCAGUGCAUUGAGUAUUCAAAGAUGUGUUUUGUGCAAUAGGGCGACUUCACAAGAACUGGUGAAAGGAAGCUGGCAGGAGUCAUGAAAGAUGGUGUUAACUCUGCAAAUAGAUACUACUUAAACCGCUUCAGGGAUGCUUAUAGGCAGGCAGUCAUUGGUAAGAUAGUUUCAGUCAAUUUCCGUACUGAAUAAUUGUCUACUAUGUAUCUGUUGAAUUUUCUUUUCAUGUUGGUUUCUUUGAAAUGUUAAAGAUGUUUGGGUCUGUGUUUUCUACUACUAAAUAGGUCAAAAUCUUGUUUUGUGUAUUUUUAAAAGUAUGAACAAGACUGACUCAUUUUAGCUGAGCUUUCUAGAAGUUUUGGCAAUAAAACUCUCUCCAUUUGUAAUCAGUGAAUGGUUUUUUUAAUACUUCAGUCUUGAAUCAUGGUGGAAAAGGCAGGGAAGACUCAUAGCGAAAUCCACUUCGCUCCUAAAGAUAAUGAAGGCAUGCACCUUGUAACUUGAGCAUUGCUUAGCUCUUGCUUAAGAAUUAGGUCUUGGUUAAGAAUUUCAAAAUACCUAAAUCCCAAGAGUCAGAGGUAUAACUUAAUCAAAGCAGUCCAUUUAGUAACUUACCGCCAGCUUUAUUCCUGUUAUGCAUUGAUAUUGUUAUACAUUCAUUAUGCAUUCAGUGUUUUUUUUGUUUUGUUUUGUGUCUGUCUAGAUUUAAUGCAGGGCAUUCCUGUGACAGAGGAUCUUUAUUCCAUAUUCACAAAAGAGAAAGAACAUGAAGCGCUGCACAAGGAGAACUUGAGAAGUCAUCAGGAACUGAUUAGCCAGUUAUUGCAAAGCUACAUGAAGUUACUAUUACCAGAUGAUGAAAAAUUCCAUGGUGGUUGGGCACUUAUUGACUGUGACCCAAGGUAUGCAGAAUGUUCUAUGGCUAUAUAGAUCUGAAAGUACCAUAGCAUCUUUUACAGUGACCAAAUGUGUAAUAAGGUGGUGGAGGGAUACAGUGGGGACUGGGGAAGAGUUGAGUCUUAAAUAUUUUUCAAGUACUGUAUUUUUCUCUCUAUAACACGCAGAUUUUUUCUCCUAAAAAGUAAGGGGAAAUGUCUGUGCGUGUUAUUGAGCGAAUGUGUGGUCCCUGGAGCCGACUGGCGCGAGCGCAGGGGCAAAAAUCAGGCAAAAAUCAAAUUGCGCGUCAUGGAGGAGGGAAGCCUGAAGAGAGGAAGCUGCUGCUUUCCUGCAUUCUGCCUCAGGGUCUUACUGCCCACCCUCUUCUGUUUCGUUGCUGUGUUUGCUCAAACGGAACAAAGAGCAGGGAAAUCCCCUGCCCUCCAGGCAAGCAGAGGGGAAAGGAAAGGAUCGCGUCCUUUCUUCUAAUUCGUCUCCGUGCUCUAAUGCUUUCUAGGGACUUGCAGGCAGCCGGAAAACAUGCAGGUGGGAGAGAGAGAGAGAAAGAGAGAGAGGGGGGGGGCUGGCUUGGGUGGGGGGAAACUUUUGCCUUCCUUUCCUCCCUCCCAUUAAAUCCCUCUCCUGCAUUCUUAGCCAGCUGCUUCUCUUCACACCCCUCUCGUGCUCCUUGUCCCUUCUGUGUUUUUCCUUCCCUCCCCACUUAAAACGUGGUUACAAAGCACAGAUCCAUAUGGAUCCUCAGGAUCUUUGCAUUGGGUCACCCCAAAUUCACCAUCAGAUCACAUGUCUGUGGCCACAGCAUGAAGUACAAAAAUGAUACAUCCACUGUUUCAUUCAGAAUCCCCCCCCCCUGUUUUCCUCCUCUAAAAACGAUGUGCGUGUUAUGGUUAGGUGCGUGUUAUAGAGCGAAAAAUACGGUAAUUAGAGGCCAUAUUUUCUGAUUGUGCUCAACCUCUGGUACAUGCCCUCCUAACAACAACAACAAUUUAUUAUUUAUAUGCCACCCAUCUGACUGGUUUACCUCAGCCACUCUGGGUGAUUUCCAACAAAUUAAAACACCAAACAUUAAAAACUUCCCUGUACAGGGCUGCCUUCAAAUGUCUUCUAAAAGCCAGAAUGUUGUUUAUUUCCUCCGCAAGGUGGGCAUAGAAGGCCCUCUGCCUGUUCCCCUGUAACCUCACUUCUUACAUUGAGGGAGCUUCUGCUUCUGUCAUUAUUCUGUAUGUUUUGUUUUAAACUGGUUUGCUGCAUUUGUUGUUGCAUUUUCUGACUUGGAACUCCCCUGGGAACUUGUUUUGAAGGUGGGAAAAAAUCCCUAUAAUAAAUGCUGCCAUGGUAAUAUCUAAAACUAGCCAUGUGGGUGGUUGGAUCAUUCAGGAUGUUACUACACCUAUGCUACAACUCCCUGAGAGCGUUACUAUGGUACCUCAGAACAGUAAUUUACUUUGAAAUAUACAGCAAAACAAAAUUUUGAAGAAGAGAAGGAUUUCUAGGUUUUAUUGACAGACUAUAUGAAGCAAGGCAUUAGUAAACAUGGUUGUUGUUGUCAUUACUAAUGAUUGACUCCAUACUAGUUGCAGGGUGUAAAAGGCUUCAGAAAAGUGCUGUGAAAUUUUUCAUGUCAUCCUGUGUAAAAUACUCUGUUCAUUUUUGUUUAGCCUUGCGGAUGCUACUCAUAAAGAUGUGGAUGUCCUCCUUCUGCUUUCUAACUCAGCAUACUAUGUAGCCUAGUAAGUAAGAUUCUUUCUAUUUUACACAUUGAAAACAAAGAUAUCAGAACAUCUUUGCUACUUUUUUAUUGCAUUGUAAUAGGUGUUGUGAUUCAAUCCAGAUCUAACUCUGGGCAUUGAUGUCUUUUUGUCUAGUUAUGAUGAUGAAGUAGAUAAAGUAAAUCAAUACCAAAGGCUGAGCCUUGAAGAUUUGGAAAGAAUAGAAAUAGGUAAGACCUCAAAGUUGUUGCAUUUUAGCUGUUCUCUCCUCAUUUCUUGCCUAAACUUAAGCUAUUUGUCACAAUCAUUGAAAACACAUGAAUGAAUAACAGUCUCUUCUAUAUGUUGAGCACCCAGGAUUUGCUACAUUUAUAUGCCCCCACAUGUUGUCAACAAUAGCAAUGCAAGAAGCGCAAUACAAAAGGCAAAACAAGCAAAUCCAUUGUACCAACUAUGUCCUUAUAUGUAAUGCAUUUACAUAAUAGAACAGCAGAGGACCAUUCUAGGAGGGCAGUUGAUCUCAGCUAAGUCAGCAGAGGGUGGUCUCACUGUUACACUUCUCCCAGUGAUGUAAUAAAGUAGAAUGGCUGCUUAGGAAAAGAGCUGAAAGGUUCAGAGGUGUUAUUUAGAAAGUUAUGUUCUUUAUUUCUAAAAACAUUCAUUCUUUUUGUAAAGGUCCCGAACCAACUCUCUUUGGGAAGCCCAAGUUCUCGUGCAUGAGGCUCCAUUAUAAAUACAAAGACACAAGUGGAUAUUUCCAUACUCUUAGAGCAGUGAUGCGCAACCCUGAAGAGGAUGGAAAAGGUAACACACUUCUACAAAGUUUUUAGAAGAGAGGUAAACCACUUUUCCCAAGUCUGACCACUGCAUAUAGAAAGUAGAACUUAAUUAUAAGAAUUGAGCUGAACAAUUGAGUUGAAUUAAACAAAAUAGGUUCACUGAGAACAAGAAGGAAAGGAAAUUGCUAUUUUUCAAGAACUUGAGCAGAAAAACUCAACACUCCACAUUUCAGAGCCUGGUUUUUUAGUCAAUCAAUUGAAUUAAUCAACAUGAAUUAUAGAUGCCAACUCCUUUAAGGCCCAAGCUAUGGUGUUCUCCCAGCUUCGCUCCCUUCAAUAUCUGGGGAAAAAGGAGGAGGAGGGACAGACUGCAGGGUGGAAGAGAAGCUUCCCUUGCAUUUAUGUUGCUCUCCUUUGGCUCUUUCAGUGACACCCACUCCACCUGCUUUGUAUGUGAAUGAAGCAGACCUGCAUUUAAAGAUACAUUUAAGAGGGGAUAAUACUUUAUCCAGUCAACAACUCGGAAUAUUCCUCAUUCUUUUAUGCUUGUGUUCAGCUAUAUGGCUGCAUUAAUGUGCCAGUUGCAGAAUGAUGGGCGUCUCUCAUUUCACAUUGCUUUAUGCUAAAUGGCUCACUUGCCAGGUUAAAAGUGAGACCAAUAGAAAAGCUUCACCGAAGCAUCUACACACUCAGUUUUCACAAAACGGAAGUAGUAAGAGAGAAUAUGCUCUAUUCAUGGCUUUAAUGGACAAAUAACGUGCAUUUCAGAUACUCUUCAGUGCAUUGCGGAGAUGCUGCGAAUCACAAAACAAGCCAUGGGGUUAGAUGUAGCUAUUAUUGAGAAGAAACUGGAGAGGUGAGUUAAUACUCUUCCCUUGGGGAGUCCCAAAUCUCUUGAAUCAUAAUACUUGUACUGGUUGCUUAAAGCAGCUGUCUACUGACAAUUAGUAACUAAGAGCUUAUUUGCACAUGCAUACAAGUAUUACAGUACCCAUCUACAAGUUUUUAAUACUGUGCCCCUCGGGAGAGGGGUGUGUCAUUAGGGUUUUUUUUAAAAAAACACACGUGCUGAAUGAGGUUGGGGGAGCAAGUCCACAAGGAGUGUUCUCUCUUCAAGGGGCUUUGGGUGCAGGGAAGGAAGAUGAUGGUCAAUGCCUAGCUAUCUAGGAGAAAAGUAUGCAGAAGUAUGCUGUAUUUAUGUCUCACUAAACAAAAAAAUAUUCAUUAGAACAUGUCUGAAUGUUAAGCAAUGUGUUGAAAGUAUAUCUGAAUGUACGUUUAUCAGAGGAAGUUACUGAUCUUCUUAAUUCUGCAGGAAAAGCAGCAAACCCCAUGAGGACAUCAUUGGUAUUAGAUCCCAAAACAGAGGCUCCCUAGCCCAAGGAAAAAACUACUUAAUGAGCAAGUUCUCAUCUCUUAAUCAGAAAGUGAAGCAAACCAAAUCCAAUGUAAACAUGAGCAACCUGAGAAAGUUGGGGAACUUUACGAAGCCUGAAAUGAAAGUCAACUUCUUAAAGCCGAACUUGAAAGUGAAUCUUUGGAAAUCUGACAGUAGUCUUGAAACCAUGGAAAAUCCCAUGGCAGAUGCUAAAGCCAACGUAGAAUCUGACAUUGAGAUCUCCUCAGAUAAUGAUUCAUUCCAUUCUGAUGAGUACCUUACAAAUUCCAAAUCUGAUGAUGACCAGCAGUUCAUGGACUCCUUGGAGAACGUGGGACAGAUAGAUUAUGUUCUGCCCAGUUGUGGUAUCAUCGCCUCUGCUCCUCGGCUAGGCAGUCGGUCCCAGUCUAUAAGCAGCACUGACAUCAACAUUAGCAUUCCUGUUCCUUCAGAAAUCCACGUGACACACUAUGAAGACCAAACUAACAAGUCUGAAUCGGAAGGGAAAGGACCCCAGGAAACUCCUGCCACAGACAAUGCUGUAAUAGAGUUCACUAAGCCAAUUGAUGCCUACUGCCACAGAUUUGUGCAGGAUGCUCAAACUAAGAUGACAAGUGUUUCAGAAACAGAGAUGAAUUCUCAAGAAGCUCAGCAAGAGUUGGAUCGCAUUAGCAAUAACGCUUCUAAGAAAACUGAAUCUUGCUUGGGAACAGCUGUUGAGGCUCCUUCCAGACCAUCUAAAUUGGAUGUACCAUUUUCAGAGUCAGGAUCACAAUUCUUAGCAGUAGAAAACACCAAUGCUAAGUCUCAUAAUACUCCAGGCUCCUCAUCCAGUGUACUGGAAGCUGGGUCAGGGUUUCAUAUGACACCUUCACCAGCAGAGAGUAAUGGCAGUAGGGCAGUCUCUCCUUUUGCAAAGAUUCGCAGCUCUAUGGUUCAGGUGGCUAAUAUUACACAAGCUGGUUUGACCCAAGGAAUCAGCUUUGCGGUGGCUAAAGUCCAGAAAAGCCCAGCUGAACCAGAAUCCGUAAAUGAAAUUCAGCAAAAUGAACUGAGAGAAAUGUUCACGCAGUGUCAGACACGGAUAAUUCAGAUCUAGAGAGCACACGCUUCAGAUUUAAGUUGUACAUAUUGCUAAACAAAUGGUUUGUAACGGCCCCUUGAGGGGAGGGGGUGAACCAACUGCCACUAAGUAUUGGUAUCAAAAAAAUGCCAGUAACUAUGUUUACAGAAAGGUUUGGGAGAUGCUAAUUGGGUUCUGAACAGGUUUCAGAAUUAUCCUCAGGCAGCUGAGCUGGUGAAGGUAAAACUACUAAACAGGUAGCUCAUACACCAGUGGUUGAUGUGCAUGUUAAGAUUGCGUGAUCAAUUGCACAGUUAUUUUUGAGACCAGUUUCUAUAGGCCUUCUGAUUUAUGUAGAAGGGGGUGGUCCUGAACACCUGUCAACCUUAUUAAUCUUGCACUGUACCAGUGAACUAUUUUACUCACAGAUGACAUUCUAUUUAUUUUUCAGACUAACUUUUUUUAUUUAUAUUUGUAAAUUUGUUUUCUUGUCGUUCUAGUUGCAUUCCUAAGGGAGGUGGUCUCUGCAGAGGAAGGACUUAAAUACCUAUGCCUGUGGGGGAUGGUUUACUCUCCCUCCUCUCCCAUCGAUUCCUUGCUUCUUUCCUACCUCUGUUAAUUUAUAACUAUGGUAUCUAGGAGCAAUCAAUAAUAUAGUAAUGAGUAAAAGCUUGCAGGGCAGCUGCUGAAAAGGUUUUUCUUACAACAAUAAAAAAAACUUACGGUGUGUCUGCAAACUAUUAUGUGUCUUCUGUAGUGAAACUUGACACCCUACUCUUAGGCUACAGCCUUUUUUUCUUUUUGAGGAAAAACAAAGGUCUAACUUUAAAAAAAAUGCUGAAUGUCAGGUAUGUGCUAGUGUGUUCAUAUGAGGAGACAAUUGCCUAAAUAAGCACGAAAGCACCAAAAAGGACAUAAUCUAAAACAUACUCAUCCAUAAAAUCAUACUGCUGAUAUUUAAAAUCCAAUUAAUGCAAAGUGUUUCGAAACAGUUGUAGUUGUAAUCAGUUGUGAGACCAAUUCUGGCUUUGUCACAGUACUGGUGGGGAAUGAGGCUGCAUCUAAACGUUUCCCCGGGAAUCUGAUUCCAAAAACCUGAUGUGUAAGAAGUAAUUUCCUAUAUAGCUCAUUCUGUUAUUUCCCGGAGGAGUCUUGUGACUGAUGUUCUAUAGUAGAAUGUAGCAGCAGAAACAACAUUGGAUUCUGCUAAGCUUCAUAGCCUCACUAGUCCUGAUUCUAGAGCCAGGGUCUCUGUAUGUUAGUACAUGUGUACUAUAGCUAGACUGCAUGUACUGUUCUAAGCAGUUAACGAGUGUCAUAAUGGUGGUAUGAUGUCUUUGAAUAUCUCUGCUAUAACAGAAGUGAUCAUCACCUUAACCUGAUUGUCCUUGUCUAAUACUUUUGAUACUGUUUCCAUUUUGUUAUUUAUUUCUUAUUACUGUAAGGUGUAUUCCUUUUUUUGGAGUGUCUGUAUAAAUUUGUGGGUAUAUUUAAAAUAAUAUUGUAUUGUUUUAACGUGGGAGACCUAUAUAAAAUAUUUUAAUAAAAAAUACUAAUAGUAUGC